AUGGGCAAAAAGAAGGCGUUCAUCAACAAGAAAAAAGCCGUCACCUACAGCUUGGUUUACCGUGACCCCUCCGAAGACCCGGACGGCGAGGAUGGCGGCCAACGCGUCCUCGCGCCUGUCGGAGGCCCUCGCGGGCUGCAUCAUACAUCAGACGAUUAUUCCGAUACCUACGAGUACGAGGACUCGGUGUAUGACUCAGAAUACACCUUCUCCAUGUCCAGGAGCGCCGCUGCCCACCAUGAUGAGUCGUACACGCUGAGUGAAGAGCGCCGUCGGGAGCUGCUGGCCUUGGGUUUUCCCGACGACGGGUAUGACUACCUGAGGCAUCUACGCGACCUCGGACGGGGCAACCAGCAACAGUUUCCCCACCGGGGGGGAGCAGCAGCAGCAGCAGCGGGGGGAGGACGGCUGCCCGCUGUGGAAACCAUUCCCGAGGACCAGGAGCUGACUGGGUUUUCCUCCGGGGAUGACGGAGAGGAGGAGGAGGCGGGGGAGGAGGAGGAGGAGGACUUUUCGAUAUAUGACUACGAGCAAGAUGCCGCUGGGGCGGCGGGUGGUCAGCGCAAGAAGCUGGACGCAACAGUGCUGGCGGCGGCGGCUGCGGCGGCUGCUGCUGACGCUGGUGCAGGACCGAGCACCUCUGGUGCUGGCGGCGCCACUGCUGCCGCUGUCCUGGGUAGCGUUGCGGGUCGCAGUACGGCAGCUCCGCCGCGUAGCGUCGCAUCGACGGCACGCACCCACGGUUCGGGUUUCGGUCCGUCGGUUUACGUGCGGGCGGCCCGUUUGGUGGCCCCUAAGGCGGAUGUGAAGGUGGUGGAUGCACGAGGGUUGGUCGUACGACCCAAGGGUCAUGACGAGGCGGCCGCCGCAGCGGCCCUAGCAGAGGUUUCGGCGCUGUCUCGGCACACAGAGCUGUACGGCACGCGCGGCAAGCUCUACCAGGCGCGUGAUCUGGAGGAGGUGGAGAAGAGCAUAGCUGCCCUGGAGACCGGCAAUGACCCCAGUCGUGCGGAGGAGGUGGAGGGAGGCGAGUGGGCGGAUUGGCUGGAUGAGUUUGUGGCCAACGGCGGCGACGGCGCCGGCACCAGUACGACAGGACGAGAGUACGGCGGCGCGGCAGGUGACGGCGAUGAAGAUGAUGAAGAGGGGGGUACAGAGAGUGAGGAGCCGGAGGAGGAUGAGGGGGAUGAAGACGAGUGGCGGUUGCGGCACCGACGGCAGCAACAGGAGCAACAGCAGGAUGGGCCAGCGGAACGGCGGCGCAGCGGUGAUGUGGGCGAUGCUGAAGGUGACAGCGGCGGCCCUGGCGGCGGCGCAGCUGGCGUGGCGGCGUCGGUGGCGUCCAGCUUGUGGCGGCGCCCUGAGCGUCGAGAUCGAAAGGAGGCCCUGGAAGCCCUCGACGUUCAGUUCGAACGGUUGGCGGUUGAGUACGACGAUGGCGAAAUUGGCGCGCUGCACAACGACGGCCUGUACGACGAGGACGAGGACGAGGACGACUUCGGAAGUGACGGUGACGGCGGCGGCGGCGGUGCCGCUGGCGAUCUUAGGCAGCGCGGCGGCCGCAACCCCGCCGGCGCCGCCGCCGCCGCCGCCGGUGUCUGCGAGCUUUCCGAUUUUGCUCAUGUGUUGGACGAGUUCCUUACGGAGCACCGCGCUUCUGAGGCCCUGGAGGCGGAGGGGCUCAAACCGCUUCAGGCGUCCGAGCGCUGGGACUGCGAGUCCAUUCUUUCCCUCACUUCCAAUUUAGAGAACUACCCAGCCAAGAUUGUGGACGAGCCGCAACACCAACAUCGACGUAACAAAGGGGGAGUAGCAGCACCACCACCAGCAGCAGGGGGUCUAAUUCGCUUGUCCGCUAAGACGGGCAUGCCCGUACUGGUGUCCGGUACGGCAGCAGUAGCAGCAGCACCAGCGGGGGGGGGAGGUGCUGCUGCGGUGACCACAAUUCCAGAGGAGGCGGCCGGGGGGGAGGGGGGAGAGGAGGACGAGCAACAAGAUACCAGCGGCAGUGGGGACGAGCAGGGAGCAGGGGGCAGUGUGUUGGAUCCGGCACUGCUCGCCAGGCGAAAGGGUGAGACGGCGGAGGAGCGCAAAGCUCGGAAGUCAGCUGUCAAGGAGGCGCGCAGAAAUCAGCGGAGCGCCAAAAAGGAGAUGAAGACCAUGUUCCGACAGCAAGCGACCCGGGCUCAGAAGCAGGCGGCGGGCAAGUCUCAGGCAGCUGGCUCCACCUACGUCAUUCCUUGA